UAUUUACGUAGUCCUAUUUUAAACAAACAAUUUAAUCUGGACAUUAAUCACGACUUUUCCCCACAUUAAAUAAUUAGCUCUGUUAAAUUUCUGGGUCGAAAACUGGCCUGUACCUUAAAUUCUGAUAUCACUUGAAGGUAGCAUAAACUUUAGAUCGUUAACGACGGUUGAUGAUUAGCUUUAGCUGUAACGCAGCUAACACAUUAGCUUAACAUUUACGCUGUGAAAAUAGUAGGAGACAAAUUAGCAUUGACCAUUGGACAUUUUAAAUAUAUCCAAGUAUUUAAAUAUACUUGUACGAUAUAUACUAAUAUUCUUAAAUAUUAUUAUAAUAUAAUAAUAUUCUUAAAUAUUAUUUCAAGGCUGUCUGUGUGUGUGUUUGUGUGUGUUAGCUAACCGGCUAACAUAUUAGCUUUAGUAGUUAAAAAUGUCGGAAACUGAGAUGUCAUUUACCGAGGCUUAUAACAGCGAAGCAAAACAAAAAGAAGCCGGCUGCAGUGCGGCGCCAUCUGUCGGUGAAGAAACGUACUGCACGGAAGAGCAGUUUGAUUCUGGUCCAUUUUCAUCUGAUCUGAAAUUAAUGGACAAUAAAUUACAACCCAUAGAAGAACAAGUACAAUAUCUUCUAGUCAAAGCAGACGAGCUUCAGAUCUGCCUGGUCCACAGCAAACUUAAUUCCCAGAAGGAGGAUUUCAGUCAUGCAGUGCCAACGUUCCUGAAGAAGUGUCAGCCACAUUUCAACUACCUGGAGUCUACCGCUCGCAACACUUGUCCUGGUCAAUCUCCACUGCCCCAGUACAUUCGCACCCAGCUGUUGCAGUUUUCUCAGCAAAUGUGCAGUCAGCUGGAGCAGCUGGUACUAAUAUACGCUUCAUACGGUUGCAUCUCUCUGGCUGAGACUGACCCAACAGGUGUCUCUCAUUUCUACAUUGGCCAAUGUCAGGUGGAUAACAUCAACCUGUCAAUCUUCCGUUACUGUCAACCCACACCAUUCCUGGCUUUAACCAAUAAUGGACUGUACAAACGCAUGCGCUGGAAUGUGGAGCGUAAGAAAGGGACAGAGGCAGGAGAAGAAGAAGAAACGAAUGACAACAGGACAGAGAUGAAACAAGGGAUGGAAAGAGAACAGGAGGCAAAUAGGGAGAGAAGGAUGGAAGGCGACAGUACAGAGUAUUACUUCCUCUGCCACGAGGACGUCCACUUAGUGGAGGGAGAGGCGACGAUAGGACAGACAGACAGAAAGAAAGGGGCGGAAGGAGUACUGAAGAUGUGGUCUAUAGGGAAGUGGGUACAGAUAUAUCCAGAACCAGACGCAGAAGACAUCAAUGACUGGGUGCUGUGCACAAUUCCUCGAGGUCAAUACAAGCCGCUGACAUAUCUGGGUCUGGAGGAGCCAUCGCCCUGCGUUGCCACAGACUGUCUGCUGAGGGUGCUGUUGUCUAAGGCUGAUGAGAGCAUCACACACCCCAUCACUUAAGACUAAGACUCUUGUUGCCACUGCAUGAUCUGCUGCCUCUGCUUCAGCUCCUGCUGCUGCUGUUGAAUUUGCAGGUGAAGCAGAUCCCGUUUUUGUUCCUCCAAUUUCAUCUCUUUCUCCUCCCUGCUCUUCUGUUCAGCCUCCUUCUCCAUUUCUCUCCCCCCAGUUCCCUCAGCACUUUUCUUCACCCUUCUUUCCUCCAUCUGCGUCUCAACACUUUGACUCUGUUUCUCUCGUCGCUGUUCAAUCUCCUCUAGUUGCAGCUGAUGUUGUUCUAGCCGACGGAGUUGAGAGGUACACCCCACAUUUGGCAUCCUCGGAGGAAGAUCAGUAGGCAGACGAGUCACAUGAUCGACACGUAGUCCAUGGGGCUUGGGUGGUCUUGUGCUGACUGUGGGCACCUUUUCUUGCUGCAGAACACAGAUGAGACUUCCUGUGAACAUGGCAAAUAGUCCAAGUAGGUGUUAGAAAGUGAGUGGGAUAAGAGGGUACAGUACCAUGUACGAGUAAAAUGUUAAGCCAUAAAUGAAAUAAAUAAAUAAGAGUUGGUAGUGGAGCAAUACAGAAAGCAGGGCACACAACUUAGACAAAAAGUAUAUUCAAUAUAAAAACAUUCAUCAGAAUAAGAAUAUUUGUGCAGCAGUUUUUGUGCAAUGAAAAACAGCCACACCCUGUAUAUGCAGUAACCACCGACUAUUGUGAAGAGUAAAAAUAAAUAAAGCUUGUGUUAAAACAAAAACAAAACCUCUCAACCUGGAUGAGCACAUGCAAGCACCAUGCAUAUUACCAACAAGGUAGCAAUAUGUGCUAGAUAGGAAAGGAGGAGCACAUACCACACACGCAAGCAUGCCUCAAGCAACAACCCUAGUGAACAGCAAGAUCAGUGAGAAGAUCACUGCUUUGUGCAUAAUGAUUCAGUGUAGUGGUGUACACAGUUUGGCAUCUCAGUGUGGACAGACUGAAGAUGAUACAUUUGGCAAGUCAGUGCAUGUCCAUUAAAGAAGCUCAUCUGACAGACUUAGGGUGGUGGUCAAAGCAAAGCAUUUGUUCAGCCCUAAAUGGUGGGUCAGAUGAACAGCAGAAGAACCAAACCACAUGGAGAUGAAGGCAUAUAAAAGGGUCAAAAGUGGGAAAGGACAACUAAGCACCUUGGUAAAGAAUGAGAUCCAGAAGCCUCGUAGAUCUCGUGCUUUCUCCUUCCCUCUGGUGGUGGGAUUCAAGGAGUCAGGGUAGGUGGGGGGGAAAGAGGUGGCGAGGGGUACAGCAAAAUAGAAGUAGAAGCAGACUGGAAUAGGAGCGCUAUGUCCCAACUCCAGUUUUCAAUAAGUGCAACUAUGUAAAUAAUGUAAUUUGAGAUACAUGUGCAGAUGUGCAUGUGUGAUCUAUGUAUGUAAAAAGGUGGCAAGGCUGCCAUCAUAGAACAUGACAUGACACUUUCAGAAAUAAACAAGAAUAAACAUUAAUAUGCUCUAAUCCUGUAAAAAUAAGAAAACUUACAGCUAGUAUUUGUAUGCAAAGUAUGCCUGGAAUUUUAAGUUAAUCAUUGUAACAAAAGCUUAUUGUAUGUGCAUUUUAUGAACAUGUAUGCAAAAACUAUAGAAUAAAUAUGGAAUGUGGUGACUAAUUAACUAGAGUACCAUGCACAAUAAACAUUCAUUUUUAUUCCAA